AUGUCAAGCGCCGGGGCACACACGGAUGAGCGCUGCCGGCAGCCCGCCUUCCUCCCCGGCCCGCCGCCGCCGCCGCAAGAAGUUGAGAGCAGCAGCGGCAGUGCCAAGGUGCCGAGGAUGUGCGCAGCCAGGCGGAUGCUGCUGCUGCUCCUGGCCUUCCUGGCCUACGCGCUGGACUCGGCGGCCGCCUACGGCACGGCGGAGACCCUGUGCGGCGGGGAGCUGGUGGACACGCUGCAGUUCGUCUGCGGGGACAGGGGCUUCUACUUCAGUAGGCCAGUGGGACGAAAUAACCGGCGGAUCAACCGGGGCAUCGUGGAGGAGUGCUGCUUUCGGAGCUGCGACCUGGCUCUGCUGGAAACGUACUGCGCCAAAUCCGUCAAGUCGGAGCGUGACCUCUCUGCCACCUCCCUGGCGGGCCUGCCAGCGCUCAGCAAGGAGAGCUUCCAGAAGCCCUCGCACGGCAAGUACUCCAAGUACGACGUGUGGCAGAAGAAGAGCUCCCAGCGGCGGCAGCGGGACGCGCCCAACAUCCUGCGGGCUCGCCGGUACCGGUGGCAGGCGGAGGGGCUGCAAGCGGCCGAGGAAGCCAAGGCGCUGCACCGUCCCCUCAUCUCCCUGCCCAGCCAGAGGCCCCCCGCGGCACGAGCCUCCCCGGAAACGGCUGGCCCCCAGAAAUGA